GAGAUGUGACGUGAGGUUUCUGACAGGAUGCUCCAAGUCGAGUAUAAAUCCUCGUCCUGACUUCUUCGUCGAUAUAGAAGCUCCUUCUCCCGAUACAUCCUGCUUGCGUAUUGUACAGAAUACUACAUAAAGUGAACGCUCUUUCUCCACUAAUUACUAAUUCGUCCACCGAGGCUCUUCAUAUCCCACCAGUCCAACAUGUGUCAAGACGAAGUCGGUCUUAACGGAUGGACCGCGGUCCCGGUUGACGCCGGCAAAAUCUUUGGCGAUAAGCCCUUUCUGAACGAACCUACACACAUCAGGGUCAACGACAUCAAGUUAGCUGCGAAUGACCCUGUGGUGGCGCAGACGCUACGGUAUUCCAAAGAACGUCUUCAUCCUGAGACCUUGAACCACUCCAUGCGAGUAUUCUACUAUGGCAUGGCCAUCACAAAAGAGCAAUUCCCAGAACAAGCAGCCAUCCUCUCCCCCUCCACCUGGGCCCUAACCAGCCUCCUCCACGACCUCGGUACCGCAGAGGAGAACCUCACAGCAACUCGCAUGUCCUUUGACAUCUACGGCGGAUUCAAGGCUCUACAGGUCUUGAAGGAUCUGGGCGCGACCGCAGAUCAAGCCGAGGCCGUCGCCGAGGCCAUCGUAAGGCACCAGGACACGGGCGUCGACGGAACCAUCACGUACCUGGGCCAGCUGAUCCAGCUCGCGACGCUGUACGAUAAUGUUGGCCGGCAUCCGCGGGUGAGUGGGUUUGAGAGAAUGAUUCAUGGGGAGACGCGGAGGGAGAUUAAUGAAGCGUGGCCGAGGCUUGGGUGGUGUUCUUGGUUUGCUGGGACUGUGAGGCGGGAGGAGGGGAUGAAGCCUUGGUGCCAUUCUACGCAUAUUGUUGAUUUCGAUAAGGAGAUUGAGAGUAACUCGCUGAUGAGGGAGUGGGAGUAGGCGAUGAGGUCAUCGGGCAUGGUCGACUAGUCGAGACAGAUCUUUCAAACGGCACUUGUAACAAUUGUCUUUCGAGGUGAUGUUCAAGGACCAAGUUCGGUUACAGAAGAGGCACAUGGCAAUCAUCCACCAACAAAGGGUACAUGUUCAACAAACCACAUUUCUACUUA